AUGGGACAGGCAGCUUCCAUCACCUUUAGCAACAAGUCCAGUAUCCUGUACGAUAUCGAUGAUUUCUCGAGUCGAUUCAAAAAGGCCACCAUGUCAACCAUCUCGGUGCCAAUGGUGAUUGUGGCAUUUCCCAUCCUAAAUGCCUACAAAUUCAGCGAGCAUGAAUACACUGGAGUGAAGAUGGUGGACAGCACUAUUGGUGGACUCCUCGGUGUCGUCGGAUGGCCAUUGUCUCCUUUUGUCGCAUUUUGGUCUGCCUAUCAAACCAUCUUUACUGAAGGACCCAAUAAAUCCAUCGAGGUAUCUGAGGAGACCAAACUGAUGGUGCGAAAAGCCAUUGGAUUAGACUGUGAUAACUUUUACAACAUUGCAGUAGUCGGUGCGGCAGGAACAGGAAAGAGCUCCUUGGUCAAUGGUAUUCUAGGUUACCCAGAUACAGAUCGAUACGCAGCAGCCAUCAACGAAGCUGGAAAGAACAUCAAUGAGCCUCGAGGAUACAGACAUCCAGAUCUCAGAAGAAUGAUUUUAUGGGACAUGCCAGGAGCAGGCACCGCGCUGCAUAAUUCAGCCACGUACUUUGAGGACAACUAUCUCAAGGCUUUUGAUUCUUUGAUCAUCGUCACGGCAGAAAGAUUGCAAUCGAUUGAUCUGGACAUUGCGUUAAAGGCGCAGGAACAUCACAUUCCCGUGUUGUUUGUAAGAAAUCGAUGUGACCAGUCUCUCAACUCUAAAAUAUCCAGAUACACCCAAGACCCUUCCACCAGAGAUUUAGAUGUGAAUACAAUUUGGGCCAAAGCAGUUGGUGAACUCGUCAAGGAGGUGCGAAAGACAGUGUUCAAGCAACUCAAAGAGAACAAGAUUAGUGCCAAGCGGCUGUUCUUACUGUCGGCAUGGAGCCUCAGAGAUCUCAUGGCAUCUGUCAACCACCCAAACUACCUGAAAGAAGAUGUGCGACUGAUUGACGAGCAACGAUUUAUCCAAGCAUUGAUGGAUGCUGUGCUGAAAAAGAGAAAGGCACCGGUUCGUCAAAACAGCACAACGUAUUCAUCUGCCUCUUCCUCAUCCACUUCUUCCGGCGACAGUGGUAUCCAUAUGAUGAAAUCACCCAAGCACCAGCAAAGAAUCCUGGCUCAACCUUAA